UUUGGUCUGUUCGGCGGUGAGGUCGCUUUGUUUCCGGAAGUAGGAGUGAAAAUCAGUGAACGCAAAAUGUCGCUUCACACAGCGUCCGGAUUGACCAAGCCGGGGUUCACCUCGGGAUUGCGGCUCGUUAAAGUGGCCGCGGCUUUAGAGAGAUACCUGCUCACCAGGUACUUCAGCAGCCAGACUGACUCUAAAGGGAAGGUAAACCUGGAGAUCAACAAGGACAGCGCCAAGGUGGUGCACAGCUUCAACAUCGAGGACAUUGGCAAGAUGUCCGCCUACUGCCGAUGCUGGAGGUCCAAGAAGUUUCCUUACUGCGACGGCGCUCACACCAAACACAACAUGGAGACGGGAGAUAACGUGGGUCCUCUGAUCAUCAAGAGGAGAGACGCCUGAACAGCUGAUAGUCACCCUGUUGCUGCUGUGCUCGAUUAACAGAGAAACAGGUUUUGUGUGUGUGUGUGUGUGUGUGUGUGUGUGUGUGUGUGUGUGUGUGUGUGUGUGUGUACACGAUUAUGUUGGUAACAUCAUUACUGUAUGGGAUAAGUAAAAGACUUCAUAGUGCAAUCCAUUUUUAAAAAAUCCAUUUUUAAAAAUUUUUAAAAGACUUCAUAGUGCAAUCCAAUUUUAUCACCAUUCACACUAAGGCUGUGUGUCACAGUGCAGUUUUACACAAACAUCAGGCAGUCGAGACAUCGCUUCCUGACAAACCACAAGCCCUUGCCAGGUAUACAGACUGCAUUUCCUGUUGGUGGCUCUCACAUCGGGUCUGCACUCUCCUAUAAUGUGUAUGAACGUUCUUUUGUUGUGCUUCAGCAGUAACAAACGAUUAGUAUGAACUUUUCCAUACUACGUGUUUGUUCACACAAAAGGGUGAUGUGGUAACACACACGUGUGUUAAGAUCAUGAACAAGGAUAUAGACAUUUUCUUCCAUGGAAUACUGUAUUUGGGUUUCCUCUGAGUUUUUUCUGGAUUUCAUUUCAUAAAACCAUGCAUGCUGGAUUGAUUCAAAUAAAUCCCCUCACGACACAAUGGACCCAGGAUUCAACUCAGACUUUUGGAACACUUGAAGGAACCGUAAUGGAUCGUUACUGUACUGUGUCGUGUGUGAAGGUGGAAUUAAACUACAUCUGGAAAAUC